AUGGACUCGUUCUUCCCGAGCAACUCGGCGCCGCGCAACCCGUACUACCGCCACUCGCAGGCGCGGCGGCCGCGCGCGUCCACGAGCGACCGCAUCUUCGUGGCGGUCGGGACGGUCGUGGUCUUCCUGCUCUUCCUGGGCUACCAGAGCUUCCGCGACGUGGCGCCCAUCGGCGGCGCGCCGACGUCCAUCGACCAGCAGGCGGCAGCUGCGGCCGCGCUGUCGGGCAACGAGAACAAGCCGCGACUGCGCGCGGCGACGGUGGGGCAGGCGCUGGACGCGGACACGCAGCAGCAGGAGAAGCCGCAGCAGCUGCAGACGCUGAGCUCGUCGCCGCUGAGCCUCAAGAUCAUGACCUUCAACUUGCGCUUCGCCGGCACUGGCGACGGACUCAAUAGCUGGCGCUUCCGCAAGGACCACGUGGCCGACAUCAUCGACCGCUACCAUCCGGCUAUCAUGGGCACGCAGGAGGGACUCAAGACGCAGCUUGCGGAGCUGGAGGGGCUGUUGAAGCACCCGUACGAACGUUUUGGUGUCGAGCGCGAGGAGAACGGCGAGUUCGAGCAGGUUUUCUACGAUGGAGCCGUGCUGGAGCGUCUGGACAACGGAGACUUUUGGCUCUCGGAGCAACCCGACACGCCGGGCACUCAGGGAUGGGACGCGGCGUGCGUGCGUAUGGUGACGUGGGGCAAGUUCCGUCUGCGUGCGACUCGGCAGGAACUCUUCGUCUUCAACACGCAGCUGGACCAUGUCGGCCCGAGGUCGCGCGAAGAAGGCUCCAAGCUGCUAUGGGAGCGCAUUCAGCAGAUCGCAGGUGACGCCCCGCUCUUCCUUAUGGGCGAUUUCAACACGUAUCGCCACACUAGCACGUACAGCUACUUCACCAAGCAAGAGGGAGGGCCGCAGAUGCGUGAAGCUUGGCCUGAAGCCGCGAAGCAGAUCGGCGACGUGUCGUACACGUACCACGGCUGGGCCGGCGUCAAGAACGACGGCGAGAAGACUGCCGUUCGCGCCGCCAACCACAUUGACUGGAUCUUCUAUCGGCCCCAGAUGACGGUGCUCACGACGGAAGUUAUCACGGAGGAUCGCAAUGGCCGCUACCCGUCGGACCACUACCCCAUUCAGGCCGAGGUGCUCUUCCCCAGCCCUGCACAAUUGCCUCCUCCGCGGACUUAUUAG